ACUCGGGGGCUGUGUGCGCGGCAGGCCCCGCCCCGCCCUUCCUCCCGGACUGAGCUUAAAACGCGAGUCCCGCUUCCAAACAGCCCCGCCGCUCAGAGCGCGAGAACCAGCACCAUGGCCAUGACUCUGGGUUACUGGGACGUCCGAGGGCUGGCUCACGCCAUCCGCCUGCUCCUGGAGUACACAGACUCCAACUACGAGGAGAAGAAGUACACGUUGAAGGGGGACGCUCCCAACUAUGACAGAAGCCAGUGGCUGAAUGAAAAGUUCAAGCUGGGCCUGGACUUCCCCAAUCUGCCCUACCUGAUUGACGGGGCUCACAGGCUCACCCAGAGCAACGCCAUCCUUCGCUACCUUGCCCGCAAGCACAACCUCUGUGGGGAGACGGAGGAGGAGAAGAUCCGCGUGGACAUGUUGGAGAACGAGGUGAUGGACCUCCGGAUGUUUCACAUCAGGACCUGCUACAGCCCUGACUUUGAGAAGCAGAAACCUGAGUUUUUGAAGGUGCUCCCUGAAAAGCUGAAGCUCUUCUCAGAGUUCCUGGGCAAGAAGUCUUGGUUUGCAGGGGACAAGCUCACCUACGUGGACUUCCUGGCCUACGACCUGCUGGGCGUGCUGCGCAUGUUUGAGCCCAAGUGCCUGGACGCGUUCCCGAACCUGAAGGACUUCUUGGGUCGCUUUGAGGGCCUGAAGAAGAUUGCCGCCUACAUGAAGAGCGGCCGCUUCCUCCCCACACCCGUGUACUCCAAGGCUGCCAUGUGGGGCAACAAGUAGUGCCCGUAAGUGCAGGACGCGGGAGCGAGGAGCACCGGGGCCUGGAGGGCAGCUGGGCGCUCUGCAUUCUUUCUGCUCCCCCCCCCCCGCCCCCCCCACAUGCCCAUUGGCUCUCCCGCCCUGCCUGCCUGAGCCCCAGCAAAGCCUGGUCAUACCUCCUUGUCUUGUCAUUCCCUCCUGGCCACUGGACUCAGGACUGACUGUGCUGGUUUUUUGGGGGUGUCCAUUUCUCCUCUGUUGUCCGCAAUGGCUGGGUUGUAGGGAUGUAUGUGUGGGGCGAUGGCAGGUAGGAUUGUAAGGUUUCUUGCUCAUUUCUGUCUUCAUGUUCCAUGUGCCUCAGCCUGGGGUCUGCAUGUGUGGAAUGCCUCCUGUAAGCCUGCAGGACUCUGUGUCACGGUUCGGGGGCCCUUGGGGUGGGGAAGGGGGUUGAGCCGUCCGCUGCUGGUGUGGGAUCCUAGUGGCCUACCUUCUGUCACCUUUCCCAGAAGUCUUCCUUGCCCUAUACCCUUCCCCGUGCUCUUACAACAUAUCUCAAUAAAACGCACCCCCUGCACUGUGA